AUGCAGGCGCACUGUCUCGCCGGCGCCGCGCCGCCAGCGUCGAGGAGUAGCGGUCUCAAGACGCGCGUUCACAGGCGCAGUGCCCGAGUCGCGGCCAGCGAUGGCGCGCCCCUGAUCUUCACAGACGACAAGAAGCUGGAGAUGCCGCCCAAGUACUGCGAGUCGACUUUCCAAGCACUGCGCCGGCCAACGCGCACCGUCUGGGCUGGCAAGGUGCCCAUCGGAUCCGAGCACCCGAUCGCGAAGCAGACCAUGACGACCACGGACACCCGUAACGUCGACGCGACCGUCGAGCAGGUUAUGCGCUGCGCGGACGCGGGCGCGGACCUGGUCCGCCUGACGGUCCAAGGCAAGCGCGAGGCCGAGGCGUGCUUCAAGAUUCGCGACAAGCUGUUCCAGCUCGGGUACGACACGCCGCUGGUCGCGGACAUCCACUUCCAGCCCACGGUGGCUAUGAUGGUGGCCGAGGCGUUCGAGAAGAUCCGCGUGAACCCGGGCAACUUCGCGGACGGCGCGAAGAAGUUUGAGGACAGGACGUACGAGGACGAGGGCGCGUACCAGAAGGAGCUGGACUACAUCGAGGAGGUCUUCACGCCCCUGGUGCUCAAGUGCAAGGAGCUGGGCCGCGCGAUGCGCAUCGGGACGAACCACGGCUCGCUGUCGGCGCGCACGCUGAGCUACUACGGCGACACGCCGCGCGGGAUGGUGGAGUCCGCGUUCGAGUUCGCGCGCAUUUGCCGCAAGAACGACUACCACAACUUCCUCUUCUCCAUGAAGGCGUCCAACCCGCUCGUGAUGGUCCAGGCGUACCGCCUGCUCGCCGCGGAGCAGUACAAGGAGGGCUGGGACUACCCGCUCCACCUCGGCGUGACCGAGGCCGGCGAGGGCGAGGACGGCCGGAUGAAGUCGGCCAUCGGCAUCGGCGCGCUGCUCCUCGACGGCCUCGGCGACACCAUCCGCGUGAGCCUCACGGAGGACCCGGAGCUCGAAAUCGAUCCCUGCGGCCGCCUCGCGGGCCUCGGGGCCGCCGCAGUGACGCAGAAGUGGGGCGUGCCGGCCUUCCCGGAGGCGACGCGCGACUUCCGCGACUUCGCGCGGCGCGAGUGCCGGCUGCCCGAGCAGCGCGAGGGCGACAAGUUCGACUGGCGCAACGUCCUGCACCGCGACGGCUCGGUCCUGAUCGCGCUCCAGAACGCCGACAGCCUCCGCGGGAAGGCUGCGGAGCUGGCGUACCGCCAGCUGGGGGCCAAGCUCGUCGUGGGCAUGCCUUUCCGGGACAUCUCCACCGCGGACUCGCUGCUCCUGCGCGAGGCACCCGCCGUCGACGACGCCGAGGCGCGGCAGGGCCUGAAGCGCCUGCAGGACGUGGGCGUGGGCGUGCUGGCACCCCUCGCGGAGCUGCAGGCCAAGCCGCUGCCCAACUCGUGCGCGGUGGUCUCGCUCGCCGAGGCCCUGGCCGGCAUGGAGCUCCCCGAGGGAUCGGAGCGCUUCGCGGUCGCGCUCGACGGCACGGAGGAGCCGGACGACGUGGCGAAGCUGAAGGACUCAGCAGCGCUCAUGAUUCUGCUGUCGUCGCCGGAGGGCGUGAGCCGGCUGCACGCGUCACGCCGCGUGUUCGAGGCGCUCAUGCGCGCCGGAAUCGACCUGCCCGUGAUCCACCACGCGUCUUUCCCGGAGGGCACCGUGCGCGACGAGAUCGCCAUCCGCACUGGCUCCGAGAUCGGCGGCCUGCUCGUGGACGGCCGCGGCGACGGCGUUUGCAUCGAGUGCCCGAGCGAGUCGAUCGAAUAUGUGCGCCUGACGUCUUUCGGGCUCCUGCAGGGGUCCCGGAUGCGCAACACGAAGACGGAGUACGUGUCGUGCCCGUCGUGCGGACGCACGCUGUUCGACCUCCAGGAGGUCACGGAGAGCAUUCGUACUCGCACGGGUCAUCUCCCGGGCGUGUCAAUCGCGGUGAUGGGGUGCAUCGUGAACGGGCCGGGCGAGAUGGCCGACGCCGACUUCGGCUACGUGGGCGGCGCUCCGGGCAAGAUCGACCUGUACGUGGGCAAGGAGGUUGUGCGCAAGGGCAUCGACAUGGACGGCGCGACGGAUGAGCUUAUCGAGCUGAUCAAGGAGCACGGCCGCUGGGUCGAGCCGUCGACGGAGGACGAGGGCGCCGAGCAGGAGGCGGUCGGUGCGUCGUCGGCGUGA